CGCUAAAAUCUAGAUCAUGGCGCAUGCGAUGAAGUGAGGUUAUUGAUUUAUUUACCAAUACUGACUGCUCAGUAGGCUUUAUUCUGUACUUUUAUACAAUUUUCCACCAAUAUUCUAUACUUUUAUACAUUAUCAAUCUAAGAAAAUUAUAUAAGGUAACAAAAUGGAUAAAGGUGAUGGAUGUUCGGAAAGCAUUCCUUUUAAAGUGGUAGAUUGGAGCCGGGAGCGAAAAUUUGGCGUGGUUGCUUCUUCUCUACAGGAUUUUGUCGACAAAGCUUGCGAAAAGCUGAACAUGACUGGUCCAGUGAAAGUUGUUCUGGAGCUAGACGGCACAGAGGUAGACGAAGAGGAGUAUUUCAACACUUUGGAGUGCAACACUUGUCUAAUGGUGUUGGCCGAUAGCGAGAAAUGGGUGCAACAAGGGCGUCAUUUGAGAAUACCUGGCGACACGGUGGACGGGGACCGGUGCGGAGGAGGGAGAGACGGAGCGGUGCGACCACUGUUGAGUCGUAUCCAUGGUGACGUGGCUCAUGUUAGCAUGCUGGGCGGUCAGGAGUUGGAGCUGCUAUCAGACAUGGACCCUGACAGUCUCACAGAUAUCAUACCCGAUAGGAGUUUUCUGGAUCAGCUGAAAGAAGCGAGCGGCCGAUUCCUAUGCGACAAACGUCAGGCGCAAGAGGCUCUGGACCUGCUCAAAUUGUACCAUACGGCAACCGUAAUGCAGGAGGACAUUGCCAACAAAAACCGCAUCGCCCAAUAGCUCUAGGUAGGCUGCUCGUGUUCGUGCUGUCUGCAGCCGCCAGCCCGGCGCACCACUGCCGACAGCACACAUUGGAGCUCCACCGUUCACCUCACCUCACCCCAUCACAUUUUUCUAUAGUAACGUUUUCUAAAGUGAGGUUUACGUUUUGAUGGCAGUUUUUGAUUGAUAUUGGUGUCGCUAUCCUUGUCCGUCAUUCGACAAAGCACAUAGCUCCAUCCCUUUGCACCUCCGCAACGUUUCCAGAUCGUGUUUUAACAAUGAAGAAAAACCGUUGAUUAUUUAUUUAUUAUCACUAAAUGUCAUUGGCUAUUACAAAAUACAUUGACUAUAAUUGUCACAAAAGUUAUUACACAACAUAUUUCCAACAAUAUACAUAACAGUUAAUAAAUAUGCUGAGCAUUUCAAUUACAGUACAUUCCUGUAAGAAGUAAAACAACAAAAAGAAAGAACAAAGGUCUCAAACUUAUAUAUUAACAAAGUAUUCAUUCUCAUUUAUAAAAACCUAUCAUUGAAAAUCUAUUUUCUUGACGUAUGAAAUUCGACAUUUCAAACAUGAAAGAAUAAAUAGUUGAGAUUACAUCAUAGCCACCUCAAAUAUGAGGCCCCGGCCUACGAUAUUGCAACGUCGCAGUGUAGGCCUAGAAUCUAAUACAUGAUUGGUGAAAAAUAUAAAAAAAAAAUACCAGCUGAUCUUUUUCGCCAAUCACGUAUUAGAUUCUAGGCCUACGCUGCGACGUUGCAAUAUCAUAGGCCGGGGCCUUUUAUUAGAUGUGGCUAUGAUUACAUCAGAUAUACCGGCAUCAUCUAUCCUCUACUGAAAGGGUUCUCCUAUCUUUCUCCACUGCCAUUAUAACGUGGACCUGACUGAAGUAAGCAUAUCGACGCUCCCAUAAAUGACGCACCAUCCAUGAAACCAUAAAUGCACCAUAAAAUAAUUAUGGUAGUAGAAGGUGAAAUUCAUCUUCUAUUACAUUCAUAGCAUGAAGCAAUCGUUAAAUUUUAAUGCGUACAUUGUUAUCCAGCUCAAAAAUUUAUGAUCUUGACAUGAAAAUGUUGAUAAAGAGUUUUUAGCAGUGAUGUGAUGUUUUGUUUCAAGUUGAUUGUUAUUUAUAGUAAUUGAUGUCAUUUAUGAUUGAAAGUUAUUGAAUAUUUAAAUUCAGUCAAUCUAUUUUCCAUUUAUGAUUCAUCUAUUUUCCUAUUGAUUUUUUAAUCCAUUUUUUAAAAAUAUAUCUGAAGCUCAAAAUAAGUAGUAAUCUAUUGCUUUCAAUUAAUACAAUACAUUGAAAAAGCAUGGGUGGUCAAGUCUGCUAAAAUUGGAAUUUUAUUCAAAAUUAGAUUAAAGUACUUUGUACGGUACCUAAUUUAUUUUAUUUACAAUUUUCAAAAGAAUAUAGAAGGAAUUUAUAACGGAAUUGUUUUCCUUUUGUAGCAAAUUCAAGAUAGGUUUUCACAUACAUGACAUCAAUUACAAAAUCUCAAUGCAAAGUAAGCCAGUUUAUUUGUUCAGUAUGAAAAAUCUAAAAUUCUGGGAAGUCUGUAAAACUAUGGAAAUUUUUGAUAUGAAUACAGUUAUAUUUCAAUUGAUUCAGUUCCUAUUAAAUUUUCCAAUGUUCUUCUAAUAUAAUUCACAGUUGAAUGCAGAGUUAAUUUGAAGGAGAAACUAAGAAUAACUAACUCAAGUUUUAUUGUAUUAUAAAGGUUGAAUAAUUUGAAAAAUAUGAAUGCACAAAAAGAACUCACAAACUCACUAAGGCCCGGUUGCACAAAAGCCGUUUAAAUUUCAACCGUGAUUAAUUUACUCAAGAACCAAUCAGAGAAGGCCUUCCUGAUAAGACGGCUUCUCUGGUUGGCUCUCGUGGAAUUAAUCAAGAUUAAAAUUUAACCGGUUUUCGUGCAACCGGCACUAGGGCUUUCACAUAUUUGAUCCACAUAGUAUAAGACUGAAUUAAUAUUAUACUGUCAUAUUUUUCAACCUUGAAUAAUUAUCAUUAAAUUGCCUUGAGAGGUUUUAAGUAUUAUUAUUUUUAAUUAAUGUCUUCUUCCUAUUUGAAAUUUUCAGUUAUUUUUUCCUCCCUCUUGGUAUUAUUUUAUCAAGUUCACCUAUUAUUCAAUUGAAUGGUUUAGUCAUCGACAGUAAAUACCAGGAAUACAGCAUGAUUGGUUCAACAUCUGAACCCAAUGAAAUGGUCUUAUUCAUUUAUUUAUCAAAGUAACUAUGAUUUCUGCUUUUGAUCGUAAUAAAACCAUUCAUUGCAGAUUCCCUUACAAGUUAAAUUUUGGUUGAACAAAACAAAGAACCUGUUGCAUGUAAGUCUUCCAACUUUUGAACAAUUUCUUAAUAAAUCUUAUUAUAAUUUUGAAUAUUUAACUUUUAGAUAUAGAAAUUCAAUUAAUUUAAAAUGAUUUCUCGCUUAAAAUUGCAAUUAAUCUCAAAGAUUCAAACAAUUCUCAUUUCUAUUUCUGGUUCACUAGCUUUUAAAAAUUUUAGUUCAUCUAAAUCAUUUGAAUCGACGCAAUAAGUUUUUCAUAUUGGAAUAUAAACUGUCUUACUUGUUAGUAGCGUGAUACAUUAUUAUCCUGUUUCAUAAGCCAACAAUUUGAAAUUCAAAGAGAAUUUCAACAAGAACAAGCUGUAAACUUUGAAGAUUAAUGAUAUUUAUGAUUAUAAAAUAUCAAUAUUAAUUUCUGUUAUUUAUCAAGUUAUUUAUUGAAAAUGUCCUGUAUCUUGUUGAAAUAUGGUGCUGACAUAUGUGGAAACCCAUUUUUAUAUUUUAUCAAUAAUUCACAUAAUUCGACUCAUUAGAACGUGUUGUGAAUUAAUAGAAUAUAAAAAGGUUACUUGAGGAUCUCAAUAAUUAUUGUGGUAGCCCUAUAAAGAGAAAGUGAAUAAUUGUAUGUUUUUUUUAUAAUUAUCAUAAUAUUCCAGUGGUAUGUUAUUAUUUUAUGUCAUUAUAUUAUUUCACAAACAAUCAGCUUAAGUAAUUUCAAGAAUGUAUUAUAUGUGGGACUACCUAUGGAUACUAUAUCACAUUCAGUACCCCGUUAAAGUACAUUUUUCUGCAGUCCGUUGAAAC